AUGAGCAGUCGCAAGAUCAAACUCCUGACAACAAUACAACGGCAACCAUUUGCUCUAAACAUAAGUAGGGCAUAUAGGACAACGGCAUCAAGUGCAAUAACGGUCCUUGCGGGACUAACACCCCUGCACAUAAAGGCCAGCAUAGAAGCUGCAUAUGAGCGCCUAAUUAGGCUAAAACAAGAUGCCAACUUUGCUGGCACCGCCUUCCAUGCAACACAGUAUGAAUUACCAGGGAGUGUGCAGUAUGUGCACCCGGCACACAAAAGUAAAGGCAUCCAUGUCGUGACAGCACAACACCCAACGCCUCUCAGAGAAACUCCACAUGUGAACUCACGAUUCUACACCGAUGGAUCAAAGCAUGACAAUGGAGUGGGAUGCGCCUUCGUUCACUUCAAAAAUGACCGAGUGGAAAGCAAAUGGAAAGGCCAUCUCGCUACCCACAACAACAGCAUUUUCCAGGCAGAAGCUGUGGCAAUAGCAGCUGCAAUUCAGUAUGCUCAGGAUAUCAAUCUAGCAGCAACCGAAAUUCACACAGACAGCAUGUCAGUGCUACAGGCAAUCAUGAAUCACCACCAUACCUCACCCACAAUUAUAGCAAUCCAACAGCUCCUGCGUAACAAUAUGCAAACACACACAUCAAACUAA